CAGCCACCCCCUGCAUCAAGGCCAUCAGCCCCAGCGAAGGAUGGACGACGGGCGGCGCCACCGUCAUCGUCAUCGGCGACAACUUCUUUGACGGGCUGCAGGUCGUCUUCGGCACCAUGCUGGUGUGGAGCGAGCUAAUCACCCCUCACGCCAUCCGGGUGCAGACGCCGCCCCGCCACAUCCCCGGCGUGGUGGAGGUGACGCUCUCCUACAAGUCGAAGCAGUUCUGCAAGGGAGCGCCCGGCCGAUUCGUCUACACAG